CAUAAAAAUAUCAUUACUAAGAACUUUCUGAUUCCACCAUACUUCACCAUCAGUUUGAUGAUAUCUUAAACCUAAACCCUAAACGACGCCGUACGAUGAAUCUAUCACUUAGCGGUAGAAAGAUUGCCAUGACACGUGUUUCGGCGGAAACUCAAUAUAUCACUCCCAUCGGAUCACCAACGCUCGACGAGUUGCUGAAAGACUGCGACAGUUUCCGAAAAGGAGAUUCCGGCGACGGCGUAAAAAGCGACGAUCCGGCCCAUCACAUAAUAGAUGUCGAAGCCUUCUAUGUAAAACCUGUUCCGUACGUCUUAGCCUUUAACAAUCUUGAAUACGAUGUCGUACUACGACGUCGUUUUGAUUUCUCCCGGCGAAGAAACUCCGCUUCCGUGAAGACUCUACUCGGUGGUGUUUCCGGCGAGGCUUGUGACGGCGAUAUCCUCGCCGUUCUUGGUGCAAGUGGAGCAGGGAAAUCAACGUUGAUCGAUGCAUUAGCGGGGAGAGUUGCGGAGGGAAGCUUGAGAGGCACGGUAACUCUAAACGGAGAGAAAGUUUUGCAAUCUCGAUUGUUGAAAGUGAUCUCGGCGUAUGUGAUGCAAGACGAUCUUCUUUUUCCGAUGCUCACCGUUAAAGAAACCCUAACUUUCGCUUCCGAGUUUCGUCUCCCGAGAAGUUUGUCUAAGUCGAAGAAGAUGGAGCGUGUUGAAGCCCUAAUUGAUCAAUUAGGGCUAAGAAACGCGGCGAACACGGUAAUCGGAGACGAGGGACACCGUGGAGUCUCUGGAGGAGAAAGACGGCGUGUUUCAAUCGGAAUCGAUAUUAUCCACGAUCCUAUCGUCCUGUUUCUCGACGAACCAACGUCGGGAUUGGAUUCCACUAACGCGUUUAUGGUGGUGCAAGUUUUGAAACGAAUUGCUCAAAGUGGCAGUAUCGUAAUUAUGUCGAUCCAUCAACCUAGUGCUCGAAUAGUGGAGUUGCUUGAUCGCCUUAUCAUCUUAUCUCGUGGCAAAAGUGUGUUCAAUGGAUCUCCGGCUAGUCUUCCCGGAUUCUUCUCCGACUUCGGACGACCGAUCCCGGAGAAAGAGAACAUCACAGAGUUUGCACUUGAUUUAGUUAGAGAGCUCGAAGGAUCCAAUGAAGGAACUAAAGCUUUAGUAGACUUCAACGAAAAGUGGCAACAAAACAAGCUCAGUCUCAUCCAAUCUGCUCCACAAACGAAUAACCUCGAGCCAGACCGCGCAUUAUCUUUAAAAGAAGCCAUCAAUGCAAGUGUUUCUAGAGGCAAACUAGUCUCAGGCUCAUCUAGAUCCAAUCCCACUUCGAUGGAAACAGUAUCUUCAUACGCAAACCCGUCGUUGUUCGAAACAUUCAUCUUAGCCAAACGGUACAUGAAAAACUGGAUCCGGAUGCCCGAGCUAGUAGGAACGCGGAUCGCUACCGUAAUGGUGACUGGUUCUCUCUUAGCCACCGUGUAUUGGAAGCUAGACCACACUCCAAGAGGAGCACAAGAGAGAUUGACCUUGUUCGCAUUCGUCGUGCCCACAAUGUUCUAUUGUUGUUUAGACAAUGUCCCCGUUUUUAUCCAAGAACGAUACAUUUUCUUAAGAGAGACAACACACAACGCGUACAGAACAUCUUCAUAUGUCAUAUCUCACUCUCUAGUGUCUCUUCCUCAGCUCAUUGCCCCUUCCUUAGUAUUUUCCGCGAUCACAUUCUGGACGGUUGGAAUGAGCGGCGGAUUAGAGGGUUUCUUCUUUUAUUGCCUCCUGAUCUAUGCCUCCUUUUGGUCUGGAUCUUCCGUUGUCACCUUCAUAUCAGGUGUUGUUCCGCAUAUCAUGUUAUGUUACAUGGUUGCCAUUACCUAUCUUGCCUACUGUUUACUGUUGAGUGGAUUCUAUGUCAACCGAGAUCGAAUACCGUUUUACUGGACAUGGUUUCAUUACAUUUCAGUGCUCAAGUAUCCCUAUGAGGCUGUCUUGAUGAACGAGUUUGAUGACCCGUCUCGUUGUUUUGUUAAGGGAGUCCAGGUUUUCGACAGUACUCUUCUCGGAGGAGUGUCUGAUUCCGGGAAGGUUAAGCUUCUUGAAACUCUCAGUAAUUCUCUGAGAACGAGGAUAACGGAGUCCACAUGCUUGAGGACUGGGUCUGACUUACUUGCACAGCAAGGUAUCACUCAAUUGAGCAAGUGGGAUUGCUUGUGGAUUACGUUUGCUUCGGGUCUCUUCUUUAGGAUCUUAUUUUACUUCGCCUUGCUGUUCGGGAGCAGGAAUAAGAGGACGUGAAGGUUACUAUCCCCCACAAAUACAUGUGUGCGCUUUAGCUACAUAUUUAAGUGAAGCUUGAAGAAUUAGCUUCUCGAUGUUAUAUAGGUUUGUGAUCAAGUUGUAAAAUUUAUAUUCGUUUCAUCUUUGUUUCUUUUAAAGAAUAUACUGUAAAAUAAAACACGUAUUUUUCU